AUGCUCACGAAGAGGAAAGUCUCAGCCACAGUCAACGGGAAGGCCAUUCUAAUCACCGAAGAGUUAUUUGCUGAAGCUCUCGGUAUGCCCAACACCAGUCUGGACCUAAAGAUUGACCUAACCGCUGCAGAAUCAAACGCUGUCCGGUUGGUGAUCUCUUUCUCAGAUCAGGAUCUGGUGAUCCACUCUAGCCGGAGGAAUAAGCUAAAACCGGAAUACAGAUGGUUGCUGACUGUCAUCGCCCGCUCACUCCAGGGAAGAGGAGGUAAACCGCUUCCAAUCAUCAAUAUUCUUGACUCAGAGUCAAUGAUCGAAAAACCGGAGAAGACGAUCAAACCCAAGUCCUCAAGAACAAAGUCGUCCAAAGGGACCAGCUCUUCGGCUCCGGCUGAAGAAGAAACCAAGAAGAAGAAACCGAAAAGAAAAGCAGUUGAAACCGAAGCCCCACAAGAACCGAAGGGGAGGAAGAAGGCGGCUGCAAGGAAGAAAAGAACCGCAGACGUCUUUCAACCCACUCCCAUCAACACCGUUGUUCCUACCCCCGUUCCAUCUAAUUCUCCAAGGCAAACCGAAUCCUCGGGGAGCCAAGAAAACAAGUCAGUCUCCAAGGAGGAAGCAAAGGUAAGCGUUCACUCUGAAACCUCCAAGUCACCAAGCAAACGAAUUGAAGAGGUAAUAGCCAACGUGGGCUUAAACACCUCUAAAGCAAUUGAGGAUGUAGUCCAAGACAUUGCAAAGGAAACCGAAGAGGACGAUGUGUCAAGUCGUCGCAAACCAGUUGAUGAGGUUGAGAUACCUGAUCAGAGUGAAGAACAACCGGUCGAAGAAACGGCCAAAACAGCAGACAUUACACCUCCGGCUCAGGAGGGUAAUCUUGAAGAACAGGAACCAUCCAGUUCCGCAAGAGGCAAGACAGCUCCAGAAAACCAAUCGGCUCAAGAUGGGCCAUCUGACUCAGCCACAAUACCUGAAGGUUCUGGUCAGGUCAACAAAGGUAAAGGGAUUCUUAUCGAAGAUUCAACGGUAACAGGAAAGGGUACGCUGCAAACCGGUCCUCAACCAGAAGUCGUAACCGGGGACGAGGUUACCUUUACCGCAGAACAAGAAGAUGAAGUUUUCGAAGAACUUCUCAGGAACAUGAACAAGGGUGCAAAUGAUGCGUUAGCUCCAUACCUCAUGUGGGUGAAGCUCAGGUGUGAAACAAAGUUAUCCGACAUGGCUCCAGGAUUGAGCGGCAACAGGCAUUGGGACAGGCUCAUCAGGCUGGAAGAGAGGGCCCUCCAGUUAGCUCACACCGAUCUUAUCCAACCAGCUUUCAGUAAAACCGCAGUACUUCUUGAAAACGCUCGGUUACAAGCAGUGGAGAAUGCCUUUCAAGAAACUAAAGGAGCGACGCUAAACCCGAUUGAAAUGAGAAUGGUCGAACGGUUCAUUGCGGUGCGAGAAAAGCUCGUACAAAAUCUCGAUCUUUUUGAUAUGCAGUGGAGGAAAGGUUGCCGAAGCCAACUCAAUAAUGCCGACCUAUAUCAAAGUAAGCCAUUCUAUGCGGUUGGUGAGACAUCCGGAACGGCGGAAAACCUGGAACAAGAAUCUUCUCAAACUGCUAAGGCUCCUGAAAUCGAUCAAAUAAAGCAAGCGGUGGUUGAGACAGUUAACUCAUGCCUUGGAAGCUAUAAAACCGCAACCGAUGAGAGGAUUGCAACGGCUGAAGCUAACCUGUCAAACUCUAUAAAGUCCAUGAUAGAUACGGCUAUGCAGACCUUAGCAAUGGCCAUUCAAAUUGGGGAAAUGUCCAAAGUUCAAGUCAGCACAACUCAAACGCAAAUCGAGUCAGAUACUGAAAUCGCUAAAAGGCUGCAAGAGGAAGAAAUGGAAUGGGAACGGGUGCAGAAGGAGAUUGAAGACAAAGAUUUUGAGUUUGCCCAAAAGUGCAACGAGGAGGAACAGGCCAACAUCCAGAAACUCCCACCGGUUCAACCGUCCCAUUCAAUGGACACAAGGAAUAAGAAGAAACGGAGCGCGGUUGCGAAAGUACUCAAGCGGGCAGAACAAAGAGCAGUUGUACCAGUCGUGCUAAAUGUGCAACCGCUUGAUGAAGAAGAAGAAGAAGACUUUGAGGAACUUAACCAGCGGAAGAGAAGGGCAACUGCAGGCUCAACCGCAACUCCAAGCUUCAGACCUAUUACUGCUCCACCGCUUCCUCCACCAUGA